AUGUCUGAAGCACAGAGGAGUCGGUCUAGGUCGCCUGUCCGUAGGUCAUUGAGUAGUUAUGCCACUAGGAGAGGAUUUGAGAGGCCCUCGAAUGACGGGAGGCCACCGGCGGAGCGUGGGCCGCGUCCGGGGUCUUCCCGAGGUGGUAGAGGCCAUGAGCGGAGACGUUUCAAUGGAGCGGGACCUAGUGAGCGCGGUGGUGUAAAUAAGUUUAGAAGAGACAAGGAGAAAGCUGCUCGCACAAAGGGCGACUUUGGGCCCAGAUUAGCCAGGGAGCUCGAUAGCACUUAUGAGGAGAAAGUAAAUAGGAACUACACAAACAGUAUCUUUGUUGGUAAUUUAACUUACGACUGCACUCCAGAGGACCUGAAAGAUUUCUUUUCACAAGUGGGGAAAGUUGUCAGGGCAGAUAUUAUCACUUCCAGAGGUCACCACAGAGGGAUGGGUACUGUCGAAUUCACGUCUGGCGAAGAAGUAGACGAGGCGAUCAGAAAAUUUGAUGGAGCAUACCUGAUGAACCGUCAGAUAUUUGUUAGACAGGAUAACCCUCCACCGGAGUCGUCGUCUACUCACUCUUCUGGAAGUAACAGUGGGCAUACCACCAAUGUAACGAAGCCCAAAAAAGCAGUAAAGCCUCAGAAGAAAGGUUACGAAUUAAUGAUCUUAAACCUGCCUUAUUCUAUUAGUUGGCAAACGCUCAAAACGAUGUUCAAGGAAUUUGGCGAUGUUCUAAAAGCUAAUGUUGAAGUAGAUUCUACAGGAAUGUCAAUAGGUGUUGGAAACGUGAUAUUCAAGAACCAAGAAGAUAUGGUGAAGGCUUAUGAACAUUUCAAUGGAUUUGAGAUUGAAGGUAAAGUGCUUGAAGUACGUGGCCAGAUACCCGACCCAACACAGAUCUCAUCUACCAGGAAGACAGAUGACCUGACAGUUAAUCAGGAUAACGAAGAUAUUGAAAUGGACAUUGAUACAGCUGAGGGUGGAGAUGAGAAAGCUUUGAAGGCAGAUGUUUCUAGCGAUGGAGGAGCUCGUGCUCAAAAUAAGUUUUCAUCUGACGACUAUGUAAAAACAGAAGAUAAAUCAAAAAUCAUACUUUGUGAUAACUUACCAGGUGCUACCACAGAAGGCGAUCUAUAUGACCUGUUUGAAACUUUGGGUAAAGUAAAAACGGCAGGUUUUAUCAAUACAGACAAUGCAGGAGAGACAGUAUCAGCUAUUGUAAUUUACAAUGAACAGGAUGACGCAGAAGUAUGCUACGGUCGUUUACAAGGCUACAACUAUGGUGGCUGUGAUCUGAAGAUAUCAUACGUGAAGGACAAGAAUAUUGACUAUUAG